AUGCUGAUCGAAGAAGAAGAUGCCGCAGAGUUGAAAACAUGGGUGGUGAAGAGACUCGAGAACAUCUCCGACGCAGAUUCCGACGUCCUGGCAGAUUACGUUAUAGCUUUGAUGCGCGCAGACACCCCAGAGUCAGAGCUAAGGACGACCGCAGUCGAUUGCCUGGAAGACUUCCUGAAAGACAACACUGCCACAUUCGUCGACGAGAUAUUCAAGGCAAUCCAUACCAGAUCCUACUCUCCCAGGAAUUUGAUUCCUCAGAGCGCUUCGUCCACCAGUCCAACUUUCGCAGCUCCCUCAGGACCUGCUGGCGCAUACGGCUCACUUGGCGUUGGGCGAGGGUUGCACGGGGGAUAUCAAGAGUCAAGGAAGCGCUCGUACAAUGACAGACAAGAAGAGGGUCCUGGGAUUGACUCGCAUUAUUCGCGAGGUGAGCGCCAAAUAAAGCAGAUGCGGAGAGGUGGCAGGGGUGGUAGAGCAGAUGCAUUCGUGCCUAGAAAUGGAAGAGGAGGCUUUCAAGAAUCCAUGUAUCCUCAAGCACGAGCCUCACCGGUAGCACUGGGCUUUCAAAAUAUGCCAAUGCCGCCGCCUUUCGAUCCCAAUGAUCCGCUUGCGACAAUAAUGGCCAUGCAAGCUAUGGGAUUACCGCCGCUUCCUGGCAUGCCACCGCUUCCUCAAGCAGGCUCACCGAACGUUUUACCCCAAUUCGGAGGGCAAAGCCUAUCACCUUCACAUGGGCCCCGGAGAAACACUCAUAGGGAGCGAUGUAGGGAUUACGAUGAGAAAUUCUUUUGCGAAAGGGGGGACGCUUGUCCCUACGAGCACGGCACAGAUCGACUGGUCGCAUCUGGUCAAGACGGUAGGUUUCCCAUCUAUGUGAAGUGGGUGGAGCUAAUGUUGUCCAGAAUACGACCCGAAGAAUUCGACCAUUAUGAACCCGCAGGCUACCUCCCCUACGUCGAAUGGACACGGUGGAUCACAGGAGCACCGAGGAAAUGGGUAUACUCAAGGAAGAGGAAGAGGAGACCGGGGGGGGAUUCUUGCAGCGGCGCAACAACCACCGGGCCGACUUUUCUCAAGCGGGUCCCAACCACGACCGGUCCAUAA